AGUGUAGAACUGCACUCCCUGAGCAAACUUUGCUCCGAGUGUUCUGGGCUCUGAUCGGUCUGCAUCCUGAGCACCAUUGGAAGGAAAUAUUUGAGUACUGGAGGAUCAAUGAGCCUGAUCCUUGGAAUAUAAGAAAAAGUGAAGGAAGUUCGUCGUCUUUAGCCUGAAAGGGACAUCCAGAAAGUCGUCUUCCAGAACUAUGCUUGUAUGACAUAAACGUAGUCCCAACUGGUGAAGUAAGUUGGCACACAGAGGUAAUAAUGCGUGGAAUCAACCUCCAGGCGGACAAGAGAGGUAGAGGGAUGAACCAAGCAGAGCUAUGGUGGGCUGUUGUCUCCGUCCUCUUUAUUCUUCCACUUGGGAUCCUUGUAAUGCUCUGCAUAAGGUGUAGAAGAUCUAGGAGUCGCACUAUAAUCAGAGAAGAGACCAGGAGAAAAACCCACAGUGUUCAGACGGAUGAAGACAAGAAAGGGUUUGAAGUAGUGAGAUCAUUCACAGUGUCACGAACAGAACAAAAACCAAGUUUGGAGCCAGAGACUGAGAAUGUGCAUGCCUCAAAUGUUGCAGUUUCAUCUCUUUGCCGGGAUCUUUCACCAAACUACAUGAACCUAAAUAUUGAAAACAACCAUCGGCUGGAGCAGGACUACAUAAACCCAUUGUCUGAAGACUAUUAUUGCACCCCUAGGGAACUACUCAAAUCUGCUGAUGAAGAUGACUCGAAUUCGUAUGAAAACGUGGAGAUCAGUAAAGUAGAAAGCCAGACUUCUGUGGACUCUACGGCGAGCUACGAGAACUGUGAAUACGCUGUGAAGUGGAAGGCUCAGGAGAAACAAAAAGGAGAGUCAGGUGAAAAUGAUGAUGAUGAUGACGAUGAUGAUGAACCUGAUUAUGUCAACACUGUUCCUUGCCCAUCUCUGUAAAGCAGACAAAGAAAAACAGUAUUCCACAGACAAUGGCAACUAUUGUCUUAUGAAUUCAGACGGACUAUUGAGGAGAAAGCUAUUCUGCAACCCUCUGGAGAAUUCCUCACAACUACACAAUACAAAGCUCUUUUGUGUAUUUUAGUUCUGCUAAGAACACUUUCAAGUCUCAAAUGUCAUGGACAUUUAGCUACCAGGAUUCCAUUAAUUUAUUGCUGCACAAGCAUCCUUAUUCAAACAGUUCCCCAGACAAACUGAUUAAUUCUACUCCACGUAAAAUGGUUUCCUCUGUACUGGAAGAUUUCAGUGCCGAUUGUCUUUACCUGCUGCAUAUCGUUCAGUUGUCCCAGACCUCUUCCAAAUCACAUGUAUUACUAAUAAAGCAAACAUUUAGGAUCGAGUGCAGUUCCCAAUGUGAUUGCUGCAAAAGACCAAUUUCUCUUCUUCGGUUAGUUAUUAUAGUAUUUUAAGUUAUUGUAUCUAUUGUCAAAUCUAACAUUCAUGUAAAUUCUAAGCCAGUCUCAAACUUUCAAUAGACUUAAGUUUCUGAAUGAUAUCAAAGCACUGCUGAUAAAAAUGAUUUUGAUGCUGCAUUGUCUUAAACUGUGCUUUGUAGUAGGUCAUUCUGUACAUCAGUGAAGUCUUCUCUUCUACUCCACACAGUCACCUGGAAUUCAUGGUAUAUGUAAUUCCAAAGAUAUUUUAAGCUAUUAUGGAUCAGUAAAAAAUGUUACAUUUUUAUUAAGCCAUUGUCAUAUUAACCUUUGUCCAAAACUUCAAACUAUAUAUUAAAUAAUUAAGAUCUUU